AUGGGAGGUGCUAUCCUCCACGGUGUUUUAGAUGCCGCUUUCUCCAAAUCUGCCGCAGCUGCUGAAGCAAUCAAAUCACGACCAGUCUCUCAUUUCAUCGCAUGCACAAAAACUGCGCCCUCCGCGGAACGAUUGCGGGUUUCUCUGCCCGCCGAGCAACAGCCGCAUGUGGAGGUCACAUCAUCCCAAGAUGUACCAGUCGAAAUCAUGAAAAAAGCAGACGUGGUCGUCCUAGGUUUCAAGCCAUUCAUGGCCGAGGACAUCCUUAGCUCCGAGGGCGUCUGCGAGGCGUUGGCAGGAAAGCUGGUGAUUAGCCUGUUGGCGGGGCAGACUCCACAAAACCUAACUCGCAUUGUCCGCGAGAGCAGCACAGGGUCUUUCGCCGACCCAGUCGUCGUGAAAGUGAUCCCAAACAUGGGCGCGCAAUUCGGCGAGUCCAUGACAAUCAUCGAAACCCCGGAAUCGCCCAUCCCUGCCGAAAUGACCGAGAUCGUGAAUUGGAUGUUUACCCAGGUCGGCGCAAUCAAGUACCUUCCCCAAAGCCAAAUGGAUCUAGGGUCUGUCCUCGUGGGUGCGGCGCUGGCGGCGAUGACAGUUCCCAUCGAGGGGAUUUUGGAUGGAUGCGUCGCAGAAGGGCUGAAGCGGCCCGAUGCCAUGGAGCUGGUGCUGAAGGGGAUCCGGGGCCUAUCUGCUGCUCUCGAGUCCGGCAUUCAUCCCGCCGUUCUUCGUGAGAGUAUUUCGUCACCGCGUGGAUGUACUAUUCAGGCACUCCUUGCUCUUGAGAAGGCUGGAAGUCGCGCGGACUAUGCUGAAGCUAUUAUCAAGGGUACCCAUCAUCUGAAAAAUAUGGAUAAAUAG